AUUAAUAUGCUUGGUCAUUCCUUCCCUGGAACAGGUCUGCAGAGUCGCUACAUUGGAAUUCUCCCUCUCCCUGAAGGGGUCUGUCUGUAACAGCCCCCUCUCUCUUGCCUUGUAGCCACCCUCUACUACCACCUCAGCUUCACUUUCCUCUGAAAUGCCAAAGCAAGAUGAAAUUGAUGAAGUCGGCGUGUUCUUCCCUAAUGGGGUGAGCCAGGCUUUCUGAGCACCCCGCAUAGUGACCAGGGCAAGGGACUUGGAUCCUGAAGACCGGGCAGCAGAUUUGAACUGGACCACCAAUCACCAGCUGCGAGACUUUAGGCUGGAGAUGAGAGUCGGGCUCCCCACCGAGGCGUCGUCUUGCCUGUGGUCAGCGCGGGGGCCGCGGGACUGGCCGGAGCGCAGGCGGAGCGGGCUGGCGCACGUGCUGCCUGACAGCCUCUACCCGGUGGAAGACCUCGCCGCCUCGUCGGUGACCAUCUUCCCCAAUGGUGAACUGGGAGGCCCCUUUGACCAGAUGAACGGAGUGGCGGGAGAUGGCAUGAUCAACAUUGACAUGACUGGAGAGAAGAGACCCCUGGAUCUCCCGUAUCCGAGUAGCUUCGCUCCCAUCUCUGCACCUAGAAACCAGACCUUCACUUACAUGGGCAAAUUCUCCAUUGACCCACAGUACCCUGGUGCCAGCUGCUAUCCAGAAGGUAUCAUCAAUAUUGUGAGUGCGGGCAUCUUGCAAGGGGUCACCCCUCCAGCUUCAACCACAGCCUCCUCCAGCGUCACCUCCGCCUCCCCCAACCCACUGGCCACGGGACCCCUGGGUGUGUGUACCAUGUCCCAGACUCAGCCUGAACUGGACCACCUCUACUCUCCGCCACCACCUCCUCCUCCUUAUUCGGGCUGUACAGGAGAUCUCUACCAGGAUCCUUCAGCAUUCUUAUCGCCGCCAUCCACCACUUCCACCUCCUCUCUGGCCUACCAGCCACCUCCUUCCUACCCAUCCCCCAAGCCAGCUAUGGACCCAGGUCUCAUUCCUAUGAUCCCAGACUAUCCUGGAUUUUUUCCAUCUCCGUGCCAGAGAGAUCCACACGGUGCUGCUGGCCCAGAUCGAAAGCCGUUUCCCUGUCCUCUGGACUCCCUGCGAGUGCCCCCUCCACUCACGCCACUCUCUACCAUCCGUAAUUUUACUCUGGGGGGUCCCGGUGCUGGAGUCACGGGACCAGGAGCAAGUGGAGGUGGUGAGGGACCUCGGCUGCCUGGCAGUGGGUCUGCAGCAGUGACUGCCACCCCUUAUAAUCCGCACCACCUGCCAUUGCGGCCCAUCCUGCGACCUCGAAAGUACCCUAACAGGCCCAGCAAAACGCCAGUGCACGAAAGGCCCUAUCCCUGCCCAGCAGAAGGUUGUGAUAGGAGGUUCUCACGCUCUGAUGAGCUGACCAGGCACAUCCGAAUCCACACGGGCCACAAGCCCUUCCAGUGUCGGAUCUGCAUGCGAAACUUCAGCCGAAGUGACCACCUUACUACUCACAUCCGAACCCACACCGGGGAGAAGCCCUUUGCCUGUGACUAUUGUGGCCGCAAGUUUGCCAGGAGUGACGAAAGGAAGCGCCACACCAAGAUCCACCUUCGGCAGAAGGAACGGAAGAGCAGUGCUCCCUCUGCACCUCCAUCUGCCCAGUCUUCAGCCUCUGGUCCUGGGGGCUCGCAGGCCGGGGGCAGCCUGUGCGGUAACAGCGCCAUUGGAGGACCACUGGCCUCCUGCACCUCUCGAACCAGGACACCGUGAGAUGAAGCUCUGGCUGACACACCAGUUUCUCCAGGCCCCAGAGGCCCUCUGUCCGAGCUGCCAACACUACCACCCUUCCCUGUUCCUCCCCAUGAUCCCGUGAUCUGGGCAAAGGACCUUGAUGGAGCCCAGCUCUGUCCCACCUUCUCACGGACGGCCUUCCGAAAACUUAGGCCAUUUGAAGGGAGUUGACUGUCACUCCAAGAAAUGGGGGAGCAAAAAGAGGGCUGGGUGAGGGCCCCUGGCCUACAGGGCUGCGCUCUGACCCUGACUGAGAGAUGUCUGACUAUGGUCUGCUAGCCCUUUCCGUUGACCCUGGAUGCCAGUUGUUCUGAGACUUUUUCUACAAUAGGUUGGGAGUUGCUGAUUCCUUUGAUCGAGGACAGCGGAAAAGACUAAAUUAAAGCAAAACUGAUGUGGCACUUUAAUGGCUUGGGACUGACUUGGGGGUGGGGGUGGGGAGUUGUACAGUGAGCAGAGCCUCAUCCUGGCUGCUGCACUCUGGCCCUAGAGCAGUGAAUGGAGGUUUCUCUGGCCAUCUCAACCCUUAAGCAAUAUGUCCUAGAAACUCAAGAGAAUGGAAGUGCAAUGUCGGGCAGGACAAAGCAAUAUUGGCUCCUUUUUUUGUUGUAGUUGAGGAACAAAGAUUAUUUUUUCAGUGUAUAUCCAUUUAGAUUUUGUGUAUUUUUGAUGUGCACUGCUCUCCGAGUUCUGAACCUUCGGGAAAAAAAUGUAAAGCAUUUAUGAUCUCUUGAAAUGAGUCAAAGGUUAACUAACUUAUUUAAAGGGGGACGUACAUAGGAUGCAUGCAGUGAGUGGUGUUGCAAGUGUCCUCUGUGCCUUGUGUGAUGUGGGCAGUGUUAACAGGGUCUGCAUGUGUACAGGAUGCCUUACUAUGGGAACAGAAAAAUCACUCCUUGGGUUUAAGUAUGGCUGUAUAUUUCUGCCUAUUAAUAUUUGGAAUUUUUUUAGAAAGUAUAUUUUUGUAUGCUCUGUUUUGUGACUUAAAAGUGUUACCUUUGUAGCCAAAUUUCAGGUGAGAAUGUGCUUCAAUGUCACUGCCGCUGAUUUGUUUGGUUAUUAGCUCUUAAUAGUUGUGGAGAGAGAAACAAUCUAUUCUAACAUAAAAAAACCACUAACUGGAGUUCAGAUAAUGGAUGGCUUAUUGACUAUGGUGUAAAUAAAUACUUUUCAACAAUAUUCUGGUUGCAGAGAUCAUUUCUGAAGUACUUACUGGGUGGAGUUAAAAUAGUUAUUGACAUCUGAGAACUAGGAACAAACACCGCUUUAGUGAGGGGUUAGCACAAGCCCUCCAUGUUCCCUUGCUGGCCUGUGGAUAACAAGCCCUACCUAGCUAGGCUUCAGGGAUUUCCCGCUGAGUUAGUGAGGAAGCCUUCUGACUCACUGUUCUGUCCCCUGUAACAGCCUAUAGCUUCUCUCUGCUCCUGAGUGGGCUCCGGAAAAUAAAUACUUACAAGCAAGUGCCCACUCAGAGAUGACACCCCCCAGGGCUGCUUUCAGAACUCUGACCACGGCCUGGAACUCUGAGUUGUGGCUUUGUGGAAAGUGUGGCAGCAUGGUCAAAUUAGAAAUGACUUUCUGAGUUCCAGGAUUAAUCUUACAACCACAGGAAACUUUUUCAAAGAGCUAUCAUUCCUUCAGAUCAAACCUGCUCGGACACCGCUGAUGCCAGCUGAUGCCAAUGAAACGGCUUCAGCAAUUACCCCAGGACUCAUUUCUCUCCAGUCCUGGCGUCUCAGAUGGUUGCCCAUGUUUGGAGGGAUCAUUUGUCACAAGCUUGGUGGAUCUAGAAAUGAUUCUCAAAAUAGCUUAAGAUAGGUAGACACGAGGCUGUAAAACUCCAAGACAAUCUAAACUUACUAGGUAAGCUGCCUCCCCCAAAACAUUAUAAAACUCUAAGGUUUCUUUUUUACUGGGAACAUUUUAUCAUUUUCUUUUAAACUCAAAACCAUCUGACCUACCCACUUGUGUUAUGCGCGUUGGCAUCUUUACUCUGAAAAUCUGGACCUCAAUAUUUAUAAUGUCCACUGCUCCUUAUGCAAUGUAAUCUGCGGGUGUAGCCACACUGCUCAGCCUCAACAGAAAACCCCUCCCUUGCUUCUGGUCCCUGUAAAGUCCCUGAGGCUGAUGGCUACUAAUCAAGGGCUUGCAUUCUACAGUGGUGGUCACAUCUUUGGCCCUUAACAGCACAAGGAUAAGAGAUUCAAUUUAUGGAGGCCACUAGUGCCCCUCCCCAGUCUCCUUCCUUUAACCCCCUUUCAUGGGUAUAGAAACUUCUUUCCAGAACUCCUAAAUAGAAAUUUCAAAACCUUUAGUGUGGGAUGGUUUCCUUAUAAUUUCCCACUGGACUCGGGCUGUCAACUACCAAAACUAUUAUUGUUACUUAUCCAAUACUGGCAACUAUAAAGCCACACCACAUCGUGGUAACUUUUAAAUACCUUUCUCCUGCAAAACUUUCAUUAUUUAAAGAUAGUACACACCUAAAUUUUGUAGUUUUUAGCUAUCUUUAAAAUUUUAAUUUUGGACCACAUUCAAUCAAGAUCACCCAAGCCAGGAUUUUAAAAGCAAGACUAAACAUCACUUAAAGAACAAGACAAAAAGAAGUCUCCAUGCUAAAGCACACCGGUUAUGUGAUCAGUUCCAUCCUGGUGUGGUAGCAAACCUCCCCAACAAGCCAUAAGAUUCAGUACACCUGAAUGGUCAGAGCUACCCUUUCUGCUUCUGUCCCCAGUUACUUACAUACCCGAUAUCUUUAACCAACUUUCUCAGUUUAAAAGCAUUCAGGCCAAUUCUCCUGACAUUUAAAAUUUUUGCCUAAGAAAUCACCACAGAAUGGUAAAUUUGGUUCUUUUAAUCCCUCCCCUGCGUCCCCCAAAUGUUUCAGGUUUUGUGCAGAGAGAUUCCUUAAGAGAUUCAUGCCAGAGAUGGUUUCAUUUGUAUAACAAACAGCUGAUGAAACCUAAAUGACUUCCUCAAGCCAGGAUAUUUAAUAUCCGUAUCCUAAUUGUUUACGAGACCAAGGCAAAUCAUUUCAUAAAAGUUUUCAACUGUUGGAACAAUUCAGCAUGUGUGUGGAGGCAUGUAGAUAGACUCCUAAAUGCUGCCAGUCCAAAUGGUAACCAUGGAAUUACUAAGACAAAAAAAAGAGAUGAAAACACUUUAAGCCUUAAGAUUUUCUUUCCUUUUAGGAUAAAAAUUGACUUUGUUUUUCUUGCUAGUUUCUUUAGAUUAAAUACAAAAGCAGCCUUUUCUGUUACAGCAAAAUAGUGUAAUUAGACAGUAAAUACUCUCAGAUGUAUUUUCAGUCGGCUUGCUUCAAAGACCACUCACAAGAAAACAAACUAAGUUUAUACCACUUCUUGGUCUUUGGGGGAUCUGUAGGUCACUGGCUUUUGAUACAAUACAACCUUAUGGAAUAAACUGUGAGUUUUCAACAAUAAUUAAAAUAGUAAUAGUUAUGUUUCCCUUCUCCACUUUGCAAUAAGCAACAUUAUUUCUACGUAAUUUUAAACAUGCUUUUAUUUCCCAUAAGUACACACAUCUUACUCAGAAACGUAAACACCCCUGCACUGUAAGACUGGGUAUUGUUAAGAAAUGAUCUCCUUUGACAGCAGAAACCUCAGCACAAUGGACCAAUCUGGGUUCUGUAUAACCCUACACUCUGAAUUCAGGCCUGCGGUAGAGGAGCAAACGCUGUCAGGAGAGUGGCAGAGUGACGAAGUGGGGGUAACUGUCUCUCUGCUGGGCAGGACAGGAGAGCUAAAGCAGUUGACUCAUUUGCCAUCAGAGCAGGUAGGUUCUCCCCAGAUGUCAAGUUCAAGGAACCUACAAGACAAUGCAAGGAUCGAGUGGGGAAGGAAAGGUGUACAUUUUGACAGUCAUGUUAAAAACUCAAGAGAACUCACUCCUAUUAACAUAGAAAACACAUUACCUAAAAGGCAGGGUUUUUUUUUUGUUGUUGUUGUUUUUUAAUGUAAUCAGCAGCAUGUGGUAGUAAACCCAUCAAUUCUCAAAGGAGUAGGAAGGUAUGAAAAUCUUACAUCGAUAUAACUGGUCACUGAUAGAACUACAAGGUUGAAAAGGUUCAGUGUAUUUAGACAGACAGACAGACAGCGUCUCACUCAGGAUCUAGUUAUUGCAUUUAUUAUUCAUCAGAACAGUUAAGUGACUUAACACCAUUGUGCUCAUUGGUCUUUUCUAAGAAAAGGAGAAGGUAACUUUUAUCCUAAUUUCUAGACCACAAUCUAUAUUGUAGACCUACAGGGAAACACAACGGCAGAAGUUAUAGCUAAUAGUUUAUGCAUAGACGUGCAAGGAUUUUUCUGCACAUUUUAUCUUAGUAACGAGCAUAUUCUUUCUCAAGUGGCUCAUUAAAACAUAUUACACUGUUUUCACCGUAAGUUUACUCAGUUUAUUAGUGAAAUGACAGUUUCACUGUUCCUAUUGAACUAAUGAGGAACACAGUAUUGCUGUUUUAGCUCAGAACAAUUUCGUUACUCUUUUGAAAAGCACCUUAGGGUUUUUUUCCUUCCAAACUGCUUAUAACAAACCUUUAAUAUUUCUCCUCCUUCUUUUGCAAUGAAGGCCUUCAUAAUAAUUGUUAUUACUAGCCCAAUUCCAGGCUAGACUUCUACAGGCUCCAUGAAAGGACCUCCAGAGUAUGCUGUAAAGUACACAUGACUCUCAACAAUCCUUGUAAAGGAAUCAACCUUUGCUGCAAUUCAAAAUCUGUAUGUGGCUGAAAAACCAUAUUCAUUAUUAAUAUUCUAUGAAAAUAGUCAAAUUUAAAACCAUCACUUCCUAUCUAGAUGUUCAUACGAGUGGCUCAAAGAGCUGCUUCGAGAGGCUCCAAAGGCAUUUUAAAGACCAUGAUCAGAAAGAACUUGAACUCUAGCAGCCAUGGUGGAAGUGUUUGGGUGUUGCUCAUGGUUUGUCAGGUUUAAAGCAGGUUUCCACUGGCCUGUUGUUCUCAUUUUUAUUAAAAUGAAACAAACAAACAAACAAACAAAAAGCCACAAGCCAAGCCAGCAAUAAUUUGCUGUCUCGUACCACUUUAAUGACUGCACCGGGAAGGACACCCCUUCAGCCUGGAUGUGUAUCCUGGAUACAUGGAGCCAAAAGCAGUUUGUUUCCCUGCCAGGUCAACAAACAUUUGUCACUCAUGACAGUAAGUCUCCAUUUAUUGCCGAUAUUAGUAUAUUCUAUUGCCACAUGAGCCAUCAAGAGAGCUUAGAAGACAGCUGGGCACAUCUGAUUUCUACAGUUUGUCUUUAUGAAAAGGCCUGUGAUAAAAAGGAACCCUACACAUAGUAAACAGGGGAAACUGGUGGUCCAUGGUCAGAAUCGAUAGACACGUCUGUAAACAUGGUAAAGGGGCUGAGCCUCCGCCAGCCAUAAUACUGCAGCAGCGCUAGGGUUUGCUGCAGUGUUGGCAUAGGGUUUAGUCUCCAAUCUUGGUGCCCUAAAUGGCUAAAUUCUCAAGCAUCUAUUCCAUGUAUCCAUUUCAUAUGUGUGUGUGUACAUACAUAUGUAUAUGUGUAUAUAUACAUAUUCAUAUGUUAUGUAUACACACACAUUUAUAUGAUGGUGUCUUAUGCAUCCACGGUUCCGCUCAAAUUCACUAUGUAGCCAAGUCUGACCUUGACUUCUGAUCCUCCUGCCUAUAUUUCCUAAAUGCUGUGUGCUACACUUGGUUUAUGUGGUACUGAGGAUUGAGCCCAGGGCUUCUUGCCUGCUUAGCCAGCAGCCUACUUCCAGAGCCCCUCCCAGGGUACUACAUGCUCUCUACCUCUUCCUGCAAGAGAAGGCAGUAGUAGGCAGCACUGGCUCUUGUUUAAGGGAGUGCUGGGAGGCUAUCUCCCGGCAGCACAGCUGGAACCACACAGCUCCUCUGCAGGCUCCCUCCACAGAGAACGCAAAAAAACAAAAACAAAAAACCAAAACAGAACAAAACCAACAACAACAACAACAACAACAACAACAAACAGUCAAGAGUAUCUUUCUCUUCUUUCCUAGGAAGAAGCUGGAAGUAAAUACGAGUAUGGAAUUCAACAGGUGGCCAGGGCCUUUACAUUCAGUUAUUUGGAAGCAUAGCAGAUUCCGCUCCUCGGAAUCGUCUGGUUAGAAAACACAUAAUUAUUGUAUCAUCUUUGAAGCACGUCAAGGAAAAAGUCAGCUGAGGAUAAUAAUCGUCUUUGCUUUAAAGGCAAAUCCCCAAUAGCAACAAAAAAAUUUGUUUAAACGACAGAUCUUGAGACCCAAGGGAAAGACGAGCUUUAAGGGCCUGACAAGAGAAUUCGCGUAUGUGACCUUCUUACUAAAGGUUACCUGAGUACACCAGAAGUGGCUACCAAGCCAGGGGAGGAAAGACAUCGUCCUCAACACGCACAGUUAUGAGGGUGAACCCCAGUGCUAGAAAGAUGUCUUUUCAGAACUCCUCACUUUAGAUGCUGAGUAGUUUGUGUGUGUGUUUUAACCAAACGAAUAACUAAAAAAAAAAAAAAAAAAAAAAAAAA